UCAACGAUUCUUCCUCUUCAUCGCAAAAUAGCGGCAGCGGCGAGUUUUACCAUUUCUCACCUCCCGGAAAGUGAACAAAUUAACAAUCAUUAAAUAAAUAAGUGAUUGUGGGCGUCCAAAGCGUUACUCGGCGAUUGGAUUGGAAUUGGAUUUUCGCAAGGACAGCUCAGCUGAAAGCGUACAACCGAACGGGACACAAUUGGAAAAAUGAAACUGUUGCUGGCUUUGAGCGCCUUGCUGGCGGCAAUUGGCCUGUCGCAGGGUGCCGCCGUCAUGUCCGUGGAUCUGGGCACCGAGUGGAUGAAAGUGGGCGUUGUGUCGCCGGGUGUGCCCAUGGAGAUUGCAUUGAAUCGGGAAUCGAAGCGCAAGACGCCGGCCAUUCUGGCCUUCCGCAACGGUGUCCGGACCAUUGGCGAGGAUGCGGAGACCAUUGGAAUCAAGGAUCCCAGCUCGGCAUACGGCUAUCUGCUGGACUUGCUGGGCAAGACCAUUGAUAAUCCCGUUGUGGACCUCUACAGGAAACGCUUCCCGUACUACAACAUCGUUGGUGAUCCGGAGCGCAACACUGUGGUGUUCCGCAAGAGCGAUACCGAGGAGUUCUCCGUGGAGGAGCUGGUCGCCCAAAUGCUGGUGAAGGCCAAGCAGUUCGCCCAAGAGUCCACGCAGCAGGCAAUCACCGAGUGCGUCCUCACUGUGCCCGGUUACUUUGGCCAGGCGGAGCGAGAGGCGCUCCUGGCAGCUGCACAACUGGCCAACCUCAAGGUCCUGCAGCUGAUCAAUGACUAUGCUGCUGUGGCCCUCAACUAUGGCGUGUUCCACCGCGGCGAGAUCAAUGAGACGGCACAGUAUUUCCUCUUCUACGACAUGGGCGCCUACAAGACCUCCGCCGCCGUGGUCAGCUAUCAGCUGGUGAAGGAUAAGCAGACCAAGGAGGUGAAUCCAGUUGUCCAGGUGCUCGGCGUGGGUUUCGAUCGGUCACUUGGUGGACUGGAGAUCCAGCUGAGGCUGCGCGACUACCUGGCCGCAGAGUUUAAUGCUCUGAAGAAGACCAAGACCGAUGUGACCACUAGUCCCCGCGCUCUGGCCAAGCUUUUCAAGGAGGCAGGACGCCUUAAGAACGUGCUGUCGGCGAACACUGAUCACUAUGCCCAGAUCGAGAAUCUGCUGGAGGAUAUUGACUUCAAGCUGGCGGUUUCACGCGAGAAACUGGAGGAAAUCUGUGCGGAUCUCUGGCCGAGGACAACGAAGCCGCUGGAGCAGGCUCUGGCCUCAUCGCACCUCAGCCUGGAUGUGAUCAAUCAGGUUAUCUUGUUCGGUGGCGGCACCCGUGUGCCCCGUGUCCAGGAGACAAUCAAGGCGCUGAUCAAGCAGGAGCUGGGCAAGAACCUGAACGCUGACGAGUCCGCCACCAUGGGAGCUGUGUACAAGGCAGCCGAUCUCUCGGCCGGCUUCAAAGUGAAGAAGUUCGUGGUCAAGGACGCGGUGCUGUAUCCGCUGCAGGUCUCAUUCGAGCGGGAUCCUGGUGAUGGUGCUGCCGUCAAGCAGGUGAAGCGUGUCCUCUUUGCCCUGAUGAAUCCGUAUCCCCAGAAGAAGGUCAUCACGUUCAACAAGCACACCGAUGACUUUGAGUUCUUUGUCAACUACGCGGACCUGGAUCGCUACAGCCAGAACGACAUCACUGCCCUGGGCAGCCUGAACGUCACCAAGGUGGAGCUGAAGCAGGUCAAGGAGCUGCUGGAAAAGUCCAAGAAGGAGGUGGUGGACAACAAGGGUAUCAAGGCGUUCUUCUACCUCGAUGAUUCUGGCAUCUUCCGCUGCACAAACGUGGAGUACGUGUACGACAAGCAGAAGCUCGAGGAGGAGGCCGAUGAAGACGACAGCACGCUCUCCAAGCUGGGCAGCACGCUGAGCAAGCUCUUCACCAAGGAUGGCGAGGAGAAGAAGGACAAAAAGGAGGACACUGAGCAGGUGGAAGAACCAUCUGCCACUGGCGAAGAGCCACCCAAGGCUGAGGAGGAUAAACCCAAGCAGGAACAGGCAGAGGAGGAGGACGCCAGCAACAAGGAGCCCAAGUCUGAGGAGAACAAGCCCGAAAGCGGUGAUGCCAAGGAGAAGAACGAGACAAUGAAGCUGGUGACAGUCAAGACUCCGGUCACUUACCAGUCGCAGCUGCAGUUCACCGCUCCGCUCGCUGGCACCGGCUACGACAGCUCUCUGGCCAAGCUGACGGCCAUUAACCAGGCGGAGGAGCAACGCGUGCGCCUGGAGUCCGCCUUCAACGCCCUGGAGUCGCACAUCAUUGAGGUGCAACAGAAGCUGGACGAGGACUCUUAUGCCAGCUGCGUUACAGCCGAGGAGAAGGAGAAGCUGCUGGCCGAGUGCAGCACCCUGGGCGAGUGGCUGUACGAGGAUCUGGAGGAUCCCAAGGCGGAGAUCUAUGAGGACAAGUUGGCGCAGCUGAAGAAGCUCUCCAACGUCUUCCUCGCCCGCCACUGGGAGCACGAGGAGCGACCGGAGGCCAUCAAGGCGCUGAAGGGUAUGCUGGAGCAUUCGGAGAAGUUCCUGGCCACCGGACGCAACCUCACCAAAGAGACCAAUCCUGAAAAGGAUGUCUACACACAGGUGGAGAUCGAUACGCUGGCCAAGGUGAUCGAUGAGACCAGCACCUGGCUCAAGACCGAAACGGCCGCCCAAAAGAAGCUGGCAAAGAACGCCGACAUUCGACUGACCGUCAAGGACAUCACCGACAAAAUGGGACUGCUGGACCGCGAGAUCAAGUAUCUGGUUAACAAGUCCAAGAUCUGGAAGCCCAAGGCCAAGCCAGCCGCCGACAAGGACAAGAAGAAGGAUAAGGAUGGCGAGGAGGCGACGUCUGCCGGCGGCAGUGGCGAUGACAGUGCCAAGCCAGAGACGGCGGAAGAGCAGCAGGAGCAGCCGGAAGUCGAACAAGAGCCCGUCGAGGAGAUCACACCCACGCCUGCCGGCACGGACGAGGACAAGACGCCACACAGUGAGCUGUAAGCGGGCCAAUGGUGAUGAAGCAGCUGAAGCCGGAGCAGCAGAAGGCCAAGGGGCCUGGCCCAAAAUCUACAGGGGGGGAAAUCAAACCACACGGGGGAAGGGCCAGGCCACGGCCUAGGCGCCGCCAAGGCAGCUUAAUUUCUAUGAUUUUUUUUCCUUGUAUGUAUUCAAGCUAGCUAAAGUGGGGGUGCAACAACUAUGCUACUUCUCUAAUUCUAAUUCUAAACACAAAUCAACAAAACAAAACAACACACAAAGCAUGAAAACACAAGUUGUAAACCGUAAAUGUAAAAAUUAUACCAUUUUCCAUACCAUUCCGCUGUGCUUUCGGUUGCAUAGGAAAUACAAGACUUGAAGUACUCA